AUGUCAGUCGUUAUCAGACCAAUUGAAGCAAAAGAUAAAGAACAAUGGUUGAAUCUCUGGACAGGUCCACUUGGAUACAUUGAAUUCUACAAGUCGUUAGAUAAAAUCACGCCAGAGAUUUCCGAAACUACAUUUGCUCGAUUUCUUGAUCCAAAAGAGCCUGUAUACGCAUUGGUGGCAGUUGACCCCCAUACUGACAAGAUCAUUGGUUUUGCCAAUUACUUGACCCAUAGAAACACAUGGACCAUCAACGAUGCGUUAUACUUGAACGAUUUAUUCGUCAGCGAGACACUGAGAUUACAUGGUGUGGGUAGAAAAUUGAUUGAGGCUGUUUAUGAUGAAGCUGAUCGAUUGAAAUGUGAAAAAUGUUAUUGGUCUACUCAGUUUGAAAACCAUAGGGCUCAGUUGUUGUAUACGAAAGUUGGAGUCAAGUCUGGAUUCUUACUUUAUCGCCGUCCUAAUAAGUUUGAAUGA